AUGUCUCCUCGACAAAGAGAAUUUAUUUUGAAAGUCAAUAAAGAACUGUUCUUAGAGUUUGGUGAAGUUCCAGAAAAGAGAAAGGAGUAUCUUAAGUUAAAAAGAUUGCUAGACAAAAAACAUAGACACGGGAGAGAGUUUAAUGAUCACCAAGAACUUUUAGAAGUGUUCAAAAGCAUAACAGAAGAUCAAUCAAUAAAGAGAAAUACUCAAAUCAUUGCAAAGAUUGAUAUGGGUGAAAUGAGCUUCAUUUUAACCCAAGACUUGUUUCAAUAUGUCCAGAUAGGCGAUGAUCUGUAUGACCUCAAUUCUAGAUUUUAUGAGUUUUCAAGAAGAAUCUAUGAUUAUUGUUUAGUACAGAGUUUUCUCGAUUACACUCCAGAGUUGGGGUUGUUCAUGAAAAUAUUGGACUUCAAAAUGCAGAGACUAUUUGCAACUGAGAAGUAUAAAAGCCCAAGCCAGAGAAAAGAUACGUUUUUGGUUCAUAUGGCUAUGGAUAAGGCUGCAGGUAUUAAUGCUCCUCUUGUUAAAGCCACCGAGAAGUUCAUGAAGCUUUAUCCAAAAGAAGUUACAAGAUUUAUCAGCAGUUCACCUAACAAGGACAGAAAUCCGCAAGACUUUACUGAUAUACCAGACUCAAGAUGCGUUAGAAGGAGAAUGAAAGGUGUUCCCUUCACUAAUAAUGGUGCACGGAAAUAUCUUCUAAAGGAUGCUAGAGAACUUUUGGAGAGUGAGGACGAACCGCCAGCCAAACAUGAGUCAGAUGUGAAAGCAGAUUCUGAGUAA